AUGCGGGCAAUCUUCACGCCUUUUCGAGGGCAGUCCCUCAAAAAUUUGUAUCAGAAAAGCCCCGAGGAAACGGUCCUGGCUUUGGCAGUGCUUGUGGCAUUCGUGUUCAUAUUUGCAUAUAUUGCCCGUAUCUACUACACAUACUUCAACAGUCGGCAAUUCACGCGCUACCCACAGCCCGUGGCAAAGUACUUGCGCCGGGCGUUGUACUUUAGCAACUACUCACCCGACCCGAAGCGUGCCCUCAAGAACUACAAGCUGGCGCUGGAGCAGUGCGACGAGCUUGGCCUUGACCCUUUCUCUGACGAUGUCAUGGGAAUUCGCAUCCAGCUAGCUUCUUGGUUGGAGAAGGUGCAGAACUAUGAGGCAGCGAUCAAGAUACUGGAGCUGCUUCUGAGUGACUGCAAGCGAUGGGUUGAGCAAAUGGAGAGAAGUGUCGACACUGGCAGUACUAAAGACAGCGGGAAAAUGUCUGCCCGCCUUCCCGCACCACGGGUGCGAGGAACGGCCACAGAAGACGAAGACAUGUUGGAGAAGGACCGGCCCUCGGACGUGGAAACGCUUUGGGCCCGACGAUCAAGGAUUCUGCAAAAGGCAAUUGGAAUUAGCGUGAAGCUGGGCGAGCUGUAUGCAGACGAGCAUGUGUUGAACGCUAAUAUGGCACACGAGCGGCUGGUCUGGGCUGUCGACGCUGCUCUCCAGGAAUUUCAGCGGCGUUCGGUUUCGGGUGUCAAGACGGGAGAGGGCGAGUGGAUGAGCCCCAAGGAGAUGGGUGCUGCACUGGAAUCUUUAGGACACAGCUAUGAGUCGCGAUCACAGUUUCACCUUGCGCUGCCGCUGUUUUUCCAGGCUCUGCGUCUGUGCAAGGAUCCGUGCCACAGUGCCGUUAUCAAUAAGCCGAGCUCGAAGCCGCCAACGCAGGAAGAGGCGCGAAAGGCGUACUUGGAGACAGCCCAGCGGUGGGCACUUAACGCCCAACAACAUGCGGCAGACGCAGCAGGCGAGGAACGGACGCCCGAAUGUGACGAAGCCUGCGUGGUAUCUCUCUGCAAUCUGGGCGACAUUGCGGCCAUGCUGGGAGAUGCCGGAGAGGCUCGGCGUCGGUUUCGGCAGGGCCGGGCCAUGAGUGAGAAGCUCCAGUUUGCUGCUGGCGUGGAGCAGGCCGAGGCCGGACUGCGCAGACUUUCAUAG